AGGGUGAUAUAGUUGCGGGAAAAAUCUCCCGCGCUGCGUAGUCUUUGACGUGACAUCUGCAUGCUUUGAAAGUCCUUUGUCCAUGCGCAUAGCCAGCUGUUUUAGUACACGUUUGCACAAUUUACAUAUACAACUUACAAGACACAACAAGUUGGACACGCGCUCUCUGCAUGGUCAGAUAAGAUCACAAUCACAAAGGUCAAUUAUUUUGACAGAUUGAGAUUGUCACGCUGCCCGCCGACGUUGUCGCAACCCGCGAUCGCACGUGUGGCAAGUAAUCUGCAGUCAUUUUCUGACCUGAAAACCUGCGACCAUGGGAGAUUUUAUAAAGAUUGAAGAUGAAGACAAGGGCUACAAUCUGAACAUGUUUUGUGUGCCUCGGCAUUACGAGCAGGAUUUGGAAUCCAUUCUUAUUCCACAUGGCAUCAUUCUAGAUCGGACAGAGAGACUGGCACGAGACAUCGUGAAGGACAUGGGUGAAGACUCGCUUGUCGUACUCUGCGUCUUGAAAGGAGGCUACAAGUUCUGCUCAGAUCUUUUGGAUUACAUCAAGGCCUUGAACAGAAACUCUGAGAGAUCAAUACAGCUUAUCGUUGACUUCAUACGUCUGAAAAGCUAUGAGAAUGACCAAUCAUCAGGUGAUAUUAAAGUCAUUGGUGGAGACAGUCUCUCGAACCUUCAAGGCAAAGAUGUCCUCAUUGUUGAGGACAUUGUUGAUACAGGGAAUACCAUGAAGAAACUACUACAGGUGAUUGGAGAUAACAAGCCAGCUAGGGUCAAGGUUGUCAGUCUGCUGGUGAAGAGGACGCCAAGGAGUGUUGGCUACAGGCCAGACUACAUUGGUUUUGAAGUUCCUGAUAAGUUUGUUGUUGGCUAUGCACUGGACUACAACGAAUACUUCAGAGAUUUAGGUCACAUCUGCAUCAUCAACGAUGAAGGAAAGAAGAAAUAUGCCGUUUAAAGUGGGCAACCUUUCUUCAGAGGAUACUUAUUGUCUGGUGUUACUGUGGCAGUCCCACAGGAGAAGAAUGGUAAAUGAUGCAGAUCAUUUCAAAUUUGAUCAUUCGUGAAAUAGUAAUUCUUUUCAGGUCUUAAAGACAAAUGACAACAGUGAUUACAAUAAUGUAUGACGUGUAAUUGAUUCUCAAUUUUGAUUUCAUGGAAUGCGCCCUGUGUUGAUACUCAUUAACAGGGCUGAGGGUGUGAUUGUAAAUAAACUCUGUUAGGCAAAAUGA